AUGGCAGAUGGUCUCGUUCAACGACGAAAAACUCCCGCAGUAGUGAAAAAUAACGAGAAUUGCAGUGACAGUGGAAAUGUGGAAAGUGAUGAUUCAGAAGAAGGAUUCGAUAAUGACAAAGCUACAAGAUUAACAUUAAUGGAGCAAAUUUUGUUGUUAGGACUGAAAGACAGGGAGGGUUAUACGUCAUUUUGGAAUGAUUGUAUCAGCAGUGGUCUUCGUGGAUGCGUCCUUAUUGAAUUGGCACUUAGGGGGCGAAUAGAACUGGAAAAAUCUGGAAUGCGCAAGAAAAGUUUAUUAAGCAGGAAGGUAUUGUUGAAAAAUGAUCAGCCGACUGGAGAUGUGAUCUUGGACGAAGCAUUAAAACAUAUUAAAGAAACUCAUCCAGCAGAAACCGUAACCAGUUGGAUUGAAUAUCUCAGUGGAGAGACGUGGAAUCCACUUAAACUGCGCUUUCAACUCCGGAAUGUUCGUGAACGGUUGGCAAAAAAUUUGGUAGAAAAAGGUGUACUUACAACGGAAAAGCAGAACUUUUUUCUUUUUGACAUGACUACUCAUCCCCUUUACGAUGGCAACAUGAAGCAAAAACUUAUAAAGAAAGUUCAAGAAACCGUACUCUCCAGAUGGACUAAUGAUGUACAGAGAAUGGAAAAAAGGUUGAUAUCUUUGGUAGUACUGGCUCAUGCUAGUGAUGUUUUAGAAAAUGCAUUUGCACCACUUUCAGAUCAGGACUAUGAUAUAGCAAUGAAGCGUGUGAGGUCUUUGCUGGAACUUAACUAUGAUGCGGAAAGCGAAAAAAAGGGAAAUUUAUGUGUUGGUGUGAUGUGGGCUGUUUUUGAAUCAUUCAACAAAUAA